CUAACCAGCCAGUCCGCUAAGAAACUUCGCGCGGUAAUCGCGUGUGCGUUCGAAAUUCAAAUCAAUGUCAAAUUCAAAGCGCGCGCAGUGAAAAUAUAAAUAAAGAUAAGCAAAAUAUUUUAAAUAAUGUUUGAUUGAUUAUAGCAAGUUGAUUAUUGAAUAUUUUUAUUCUCAUAAAUAAGAAGAUAAUUGUAAUUAAAUUUCGUUUGUUUUAAACAAUAUAUAAUGUUAAGAAGAUGCGGUUUGUUCCUGUUAUGCACAAUAGUUGUUUCAUACGUCGAGGCCACUGUACCAGUCACAGCUAACACAAAUGAGAUAAAUCAAUUGCCAAGAAAGAAAACUGUGAAUCCAGGGGCAGCUCUUUAUCCUCGGGCAACUGAAACUAGAGACCUUAGAAAUCUAGAUGGUGUGUGGAAUUUUAGGAAAUCUCCCACAGACCCGGAGUUCGGAUACAAAAACGGAUGGUUCGAACAGGAUCUUGAAAAGACUGGUCCGGUGAUUCCUAUGCCGGUACCCUCGUCAUACAAUGAUGUUGGUGAAGACGCCUCGCUAAGAGAUCACGUUGGUCUCGUCUGGUACGACAGACGCUUCUUUGUUCCGAGCUGGUGGGGCCAGAACGGCCAACGAGUUUGGCUCCGAUUCAGCAGCGUACAUUAUGCUUCUCAAGUAUGGGUCAAUGGCCAGUCCGUGAUGUACCAUGAAAUUGGUCAUCUGCCGUUUGAAGUGGAGAUCUCGGACGUGGUCCAAUAUAACACAAGCAACCUUCUCACAGUGGUUGUGGAUAACACGCUUUUGAGUGAUACUAUACCUCAAGGAACCAUACGCGAUGUAAUGGUUGCGAACAACAAAGUUCGUCUAGAGCAAACGUACACAUUCGAUUUCUUCAACUACGCGGGCAUACAUCGGUCGGUCUUCUUGUAUUCUACUCCUCAAACUUUUAUUGAUGACGUCAUUGUUAACACGGACAUACAGGGAUUAACAGGCUUCGUAGUUUACAAUGUGACCUACAAGAGUGCAAGUAACGCACAGUGUGUGAUUCAAUUGUUCGAUAAGAAUGGGACGCAGGUGGCUGGAUCGCAGGAUUGUGCGGGACUGAUGGAAGUUGGCAAUGCGAACUUUUGGUGGCCGUAUUUGAUGCACCCAGAGCCGGGGUAUUUGUAUACUUUUAAGGCAUCACUAAUAGGGCCACUGGGUGAACUAGUCGACACUUACAGUUUAAAGGUCGGCAUCCGAACAGUGACUUGGAGUAAUACCACCAUUUAUUUGAAUGACAAACCUAUCUACCUCAAAGGCUUUGGAAUGCACGAGGACUCAGAUCUCAGAGGUAAAGGCUGGGAUCCAGUCCUAUGGGUGAAAAACUUCAACCUGAUUAAAUGGGUUGGUGCGAAUGCCUUCAGAACCUCCCACUACCCGUACGCCGAAGAAAUCUACCAAAUGGCUGAUGAGCAGGGAAUUAUGAUCAUUGAUGAAUGCCCCAGUGGUGAUACUGAUAUAUUCACCGACUCGUUACUCGAGAAACACAAACAGUCCCUCACUGAGUUGAUCAGACGAGAUAAAAACCACCCAAGUGUGGUGAUGUGGUCUAUCAGUAAUGAACCCAGGUCUGCUAACUAUAAAGCUGAUGCUUAUUUUGGUAAAGUUGUGAAACAUGUGAAAUCCAUGGAUUUGUCUAGGCCAGUCACUAUAGCCAUUUCGCAAUCCUACUUGAAUGACAAAGCGGGUCAACAUUUGGACGUUAUUUGCUUUAAUCGAUACAAUGGUUGGUACUCUAAUACGGGAUCAUUGCUUAACAUCGCCGCUUACGUGACAGAGGAAGCUACAUCAUGGCAUCGUAGAUAUAAUAAACCAGUUAUCAUGACAGAAUAUGGGGCCGAUACGAUUGCUGGGUUACAUUUGAUACCUGAAUACGUUUGGUCCGAGGAAUACCAGGUGGCGUUGAUGUCGGAGCAUUUUAAAGCGUUUGAUCGUUUGCGGCGAGUUGGAUUUUUCGCCGGCGAAUUUAUUUGGAACUUCGCAGACUUUAAAACAACACAAACGAUAACUCGAGUGGGUGGGAACAAGAAGGGUAUAUUCACAAGAUCUAGGCAACCUAAGGCGUCUGCGCAUCACUUACGCGCAAGAUACCACUCUUUGGCAGCGGCGGAGUCAGGCGCACCUCCACCGGACAUGGCGUAUUACAUCAGUGAUCACAAACCACCGGCGCAUGAAGAUUUGUAGAAUAAAAAUUAUAAGUCUCUAUAAAUUACAUUCGACAUAUUUAAAACUUUGUUUUUCUAUGUACUGUAUUAACAGCUGGUUUAUUUGUUUAUAGAUUUUCAGAUGCGCUUCUACCUAAAGAAGUGAUCUUACAAUCGUAUAAUUAACAAUAUCAAAUUUCUAUAUAAGAGACAUGAUAGUAACUGAACUAUAAAUACAAUAGCUUCAUUGAACUACGAAUCAAAAAACAAAAAUAACUUUUAUAAUGUCCGUCUAAAGUUGUAUUUUAAAUAUG